ACUCUAGUUGUGGGUUGUGGCCUUGUGGGUAAUCGAGAAGAGAAGGAUCACACGCCUGUUUAUCCGAGAGUGCGAAGUCGUUAACAGUAAUUUUUGCAGCCACAGGAUAUCACAGCAUCGAUUUCGACUUUACAAUUUUUUCUGGCAUUUUUGGAGAUUUGUUUUUUCGCAAUAUGACGGAUCUUGAAAGCACUGCUCCAGUGAAUCCAAAAGCGUUUCCACUGGCGGACGCAACACUCAGUUCAAAAAUUUUUAAUAUAGUACAGCAAGCCGUGACUUAUAGCCAACUAAAAAAGGGAGCAAAUGAGACAACAAAAACUUUAAACAGAGGUCUAGCCUCGUUUAUCGUACUAGCGGCUGAUGCCGAGCCUUUAGAAAUUAUCUUACAUUUGCCCCUUCUCUGCGAGGACAAAAAUGUCCCAUACGUCUUCAUUAGAAGCAAAGAGACAUUGGGACGAGCAUGCGGAGUUUCAAGACCAGUGGUAGCCUGCUCGAUAUUAAUGAAUGAAGGAUCUCAAUUGACACCACAGAUAAGAAGUAUACAUCAGGAAAUAGAAAGAAUUUUAAUCUAAACAGGAUCGAUAUCCUGUUUUUACAUACUUUUUUUUUACAUAUCCACCUUUACAGUAAAUAAGAUUGAAACUAAUAAUGUAACACAAAAAGAAGCUUAGAUAUGGAUUAAAUAAAAUGGAAUCAUUUAAUA